UUGAGCUGCCUUUCCCUCGAUUGAAGGAGCUGCUGAAAUACUGUCACCCUGUCAGCUGAAGUAAUACAUCGUAUUUAUACGGCGAAAACCAAAACCAAAUGCCGCGAGGCGCCAGAAGGAGGUUCGCCGAAGGUUGAAUUAGUCUGUUAGCGUGGCAGAUGUUAUUUAGCGGUAGCGGUAGCUGGCUAAAGUAGCUCGGCGCAGCUUUGUUUACGUUGCUAGUUCAGUUCAAGCAGCUUUCGCGCUGUGUUUACAUCAGCAUAUGAACGCUGUUGGACCGCUAGAGACAUCGCCUCAAAGGCCCGGCUCGUCGUAGGUGCUCGGUUUUACUGUCGUUUGACUGAAAAGGGGUUUAUUUGUGCCCGUGCUUCAUUAAACGUCAGUAUGGGGAUGUGUUUGCCCUGUCUGAGCGGAGCCGAGGACGAUGUAGUGGUUACACCAGACCCUGAGACCAGGAGAAGACAGCUAGCGGAGGCUGCAGAGAAGAGGCAGAAAGAGACCACGUACAGAGGUAUCAAAAACCCCGAAGCCUUGGAGAGGAAAAAGAAGAAACAGGAAGAGACUGAGAAACAGGCCGUGAACUCUGCACCUUCUGGAGGAGGCGGGCUAAAGUGGCAGGUUGGCUGACUCGGGCUGAAGGGAAGAUGGCCGGUGUGUCUUCCUUCCGCCCUUCAUCCGCAGUGUUUCCAGCUGACUUGAGAGAUUCUUGAAACUCCUCACUCUUUCGUUUUAUAUUUUGAAGUGUACACUAGCCAGGUGGAGUUUGCGUAGAGACUAGAGUUUUUUUGCCAAGCUCCUGCAGAGAACUCCUCAUCCUUCAGGCCUUCUGAUUGGCCAGAGCGCAUUCAGGCCACGCCCUUUUAAAUGCCAAGACGGGCUGGCUAGUGGGACUUUAGCAAUUCAUGCUUUUUUUUUUUUUUUCCUCCCACACCCCGAUCAGUUUGCGAUCGUGCACCGUUUCACACGCGCAGCUUUUGUACCGAUGUGCUUUCUAUUUAUAACGUCAACAGAAUCCUCGAAGCCGAGAUCCGAAUGUCAUUUUAAUACGCAUUUAUACAACUGAAAAGCAUCUUUUAUAUCGGAUUUUGGAUAAUUUAAUAUUUAGCCAUUUAUAUUUAUGCAUCAGUUACACCGGUGUGUUUUGGUUGUGUGCUCGCGGCGCUUUUUGCGAUUGGUCAGGACUUGAAGUAUAAUAAUAAUAAUAAUAAUAAUAAUAAUAAUGGAUAUUAUGUCAGUUAGCACCUUCACUGCCUGUUGAUUGUACGACUUGCUGUUCUUAUGAACAAAAUUGAAUGUGCAUCACUUUAUCUUCUUAGACGCAUUGAAUUCUAACCCUUUCCGAAGGGCUUUGGAUGUCUUCAGUUAAAAAAAAAAAUCUUAAUUUACCGCAUUUAAAGUCAACAUCCAUGUGUCCGGGCCUGAGAUACAAUGCUUUAGAAACUCAAAUGCGUCAUCAUAUUGCCUUUAAUGCAUUUCUUUUUUUGUUACGCUCGUAAGCCGUUUCCUCUGCCUACAGCUCGACGCUUGUGACAGGGAAACACAUUUUAACCAAAUAAUCAACCCAAAUAUCUUCCCAGGUUUCGUUCAGAACGUGUUAUCAAUACCGUAAAACAAUACAAUGAAUCAAAGCAUUGUGAUGUUUACCAGUAGAGGGCAGCGGCACUUUUGGAUCAGGAACUGUUGUAGAAGCACGUGGUUGCUUAAAUAAAGAUUGUGUUUGACUGAA